GUCAAAACAAAGCCCUUCAAAUCAUGUGGAAGCUACAGAAGCUUUGCUGAAGAAAGGAAGUGAAGCUCUUUGUGGUUUAGUGUCUCUGCAGUGCAUUUAAACCUGCAGUUUGAUCAAAGCUGUUACGAACGAAAGACAAUGGAGAAGAUCUUGUUCUUUUGUGUUUUUUUGUACAGGAUUCUUCAGAUCACUUCUAGCGAUGUUUCAGGACAUAAUGUGACUCUGUUAAGAUUACAGCUAAACGGAAACAUCAGUCUGAAGUGCAGCGUGACCAGCAGACAUGACAUGGCCUGGUAUCGCCAGGAUCCUGAUUCUGGACAAAUAAAGAUAAUGGUGUGGUCGUACUACGGAAACCUAGCUUGGGGAGAAGAUCCAGACCCUCGUAUCACAGUUAAAUCAGAUAGUGGGAGCAACACUGCAUCUCUAGUUAUUGAAAAUCUAACAGAGUCAGAUUCGGGUCUUUAUUUCUGUGGAACAAGAUCAUGGAAUCAAGACAGGCACUUUCACAAACCCAUCAGACUACAGCUCGAGGACAAGCUGACAGACAGAGAGGACUCAGUUCAUUCUGUCACAGAACCGCCAGAAGAUGUUGAGAUCACAGAUGGGUUGACGAUGCUAGAACGUGUGCUGAUAUUCAGUGGUGUUGGACUCGCUGCUUUUGCGUUUUUUCUGACUACAGUCGUCACAGGGCGAAACAUUCACCAUCACGGCUGGCAGAAAGGAUGGGCCGCAGCCAAACGCGCUGGUCUGACAAAUCAAAAAUCACCUAAAUGACAAAUUUGUGUGCUUUAUUUUUGCUCUCAUCCCAAUAAUCAGCAUUUUUGUAUGUUGCCACCAAUGUGGCACACCAAUAUGACUCAGAUGUGGUUCUGGUGGCCAGAUCUUCUGUUGUGGCAAAGCUCUAGAGCAACAUUAAUACGUGCGUAUAAUCUGAGUUCAAAAGAAAGUAUAAAUACAAUCUGUUUUAUGGCAUAUAAAACUUGUUCAAAUAAAAUGUCUUCAAUGUAAAUGUGUUGUUGAGAGUUCUGCUUAAAUAAACAGCAUUAAUACUAACAAAUCACACGUGUUGUGCAUUUGCUGACAGAAAACCAUCAUAGCAAUGCUAAUUCAUAGCAAUCUGUUCUCACAGUUUUAGAAAAACCAAAAACCACGUUGACCAUGAUAAUCAUGAUUUCCUGACUGAAUGGAAUAAGAUCAUGCGACUAAAACCACAAAAAUAUGAGGUUAGACCACCUUAAUGGUUGAUGUAUGCUACGGUCAACAUGCUUGCAAACUAAUCCUGGGAGCGAACGCAGGUGAGGAUGUGUUUCUGCAUGAGCAUCUUGAAUGGGAGCUUGUGAAGGGCCCGAUUCAAGACACACAGAUCCAAGAUUGGCCGUAACCAAUCCCCCCUCUAAUUGUACCCACCUAAUUGUAAUUGUAGAAUUAGUUUGCUUACUAUAAAAGCCAGAAGUGUUUUGAGGCCUACUGUAAGGUCAGAUGUAUCUGAGAAGUUAGCUUGGCCACUAAACAUAUUUUGCUGGUAGUUUUCCACCAGACAACAGGAGGAUGUGAAAUGUAUAAGAUCAUUAUUAAGGGUGUCAUGCGAAGGCUUCUUGCCUCUGGGGAGUGUUGAUUGUUUUUGAUACAAUGUUUCAUUUUACCUAUGAGAAAGAGUUGACCAUCAAUUGGCAGAAUUCCACCACAAGAGAUCAAGUCAAAUGAUGUAGACUAGUUGGCAGUCGGCCACCCGUACAAAGAUAAUUUAAACACCACACAUUCUCUACUUAGCAAAAUGAUUACAACACAAUUUAUGUAGUGUUAAUCACAAAUGAUUGACCAGAUGAAAGUGCAUCUCACAUCUUAUGCAAGCAGUUCAGACAAGUUAAUAAGUUGCUUGAAAGUGUCUUGAUCUUCACAGCUGAGCUGUUCAAACACCAUCAUUUGUCUUCCAAAAUGCAAGAAAGCACAGACACUAGAAUGAUUAGUCACAACGUCUACUGGGAUAUCUGCUGUUUCCAACCUGACAAACCUCUAGUCUAACCUGUGAAAAUACCAUAUGAGAGUGAGUGUGCAUGUGUGUGUGUGGGAGGGGAUGUGUGCUAAAGUGUGCUAAAGGUCACCAUGUGAAUGUUGCAGCCAGUAUUUAUGAACAUCUCCUGCCAUCACUCCAUCUCUUCUCUUCUCUUCCAUCUCUGAGACCAAACACAGCAGGAAUGAAGCUGAAGCUGAAGCUCCCCAACCCGGGUCUGGAUGAACGGAUCCCCUCUCACGCCGACCUGGAGAAGCUGGAGGUGGAGGAGGCUGGAGAGCGGCCGCAGUGGGACAACAAAGCCCAGUACAUGCUGACCUGUGUGGGCUUCUGUGUGGGGCUGGGCAACGUCUGGAGGUUCCCCUACCUCUGCCAGAGCCACGGAGGAGGAGCGUUUAUGAUCCCAUUCCUGAUCCUUCUGGUUCUGGAGGGAAUUCCGCUCCUGCACCUGGAGUUUGCCAUCGGACAGAGACUGAGGAAGGGCAGCGUCGGCGUCUGGAGAUCCAUCAACCCCUAUCUAGUAGGAGUCGGUAUCGCCUCCAUGCUGGUGUCCUUCAUGGUGGGAAUGUACUACAGCACCAUCACUGCCUGGGUCAUGUGGUACUUCUUCAAUUCCUUUCAGGACCCUUUACCCUGGAAUCAGUGUCCAAUCAAUGAGAACCAGACAGGGUUCGUGUCUGAAUGCGAGCGCAGCUCUCCCGUGGAUUAUUUCUGGUACAGAGAGACGCUCAACACGACGCCAGUGAUCGGUGACUCCGGGGGUCUGCAGUGGUGGAUCGUCUUGUGUCUGUUCUGCAUCUGGACGCUGCUCUGGGUCUGCUGUCUGAGAGGCAUCGAGACCACUGGGAAGGCUGUGUACAUCACCUCCACUCUGCCAUACCUGGUCCUGACCAUCUUCCUGAUCAGAGGACUGACGCUCAAAGGCUCUGUGAGCGGAAUCAAGUUCCUCUUCACUCCAGAUCUGGACGAGCUGCUGAAUCCGUCGACGUGGCUGGACGCGGGAGCGCAGGUGUUUUACUCCUUCUCUCUGGCGUUUGGAGGACUGAUCUCAUUCUCCAGCUACAACUCUGUGCAUAAUAACUGUGAGCAGGACGCCGUCAUCAUCUCUGUAAUAAACGGCUUCACAUCGAUUUACUCUGCCAUCGUCAUUUACUCCAUCAUCGGCUUCAGGGCGACCGAGAAGUUUGACGACUGUCUCAAUGGUAACAUCGUGGCGCUGCUGAACGCGUUUGAACUGCCGGAGGGAAACAUCACAGAGAGCAACUAUGACAGUGUUCUGCAGCAUCUCAACAGCACAUCACCAGCAGUCAUUCAGGAGCUCCAGCUCAAGACCUGCGACCUGCAGAUGCUCCUCAGUCAGGGCGUUGAGGGAACCGGUCUGGCCUUCAUCGUGUUCACUGAGGCCAUCACCAAGAUGCCCAUCUCUCCUCUCUGGUCAGUGCUGUUCUUCAUCAUGCUCUUCUGUCUGGCACUGUCCACCAUGUUUGGCGGUGUUGAAAGUAUGGUCGCACCGCUCCAGGACCUCAACAUCCUCCCCAAGAGGUGGCCGAAGGAGGUCUAUACAGGUCUGGUGUGUUUCGUCUCUUUUGGUUUUGCGAUCAUCUUCGCUCAGGGUUCUGGUGAAUAUUGGCUGGCUCUGUUCGACGGCUUUGCCGGAUCCAUUCCAUUACUGAUCAUUGCCUUCUGUGAGAUGAUGGCUGUAUCUUACAUUUAUGGGAUUGACAGGUUCAACGAUGACAUCAAGUUCAUGAUCGGUCACAAGCCCAGCUUCUUCUGGCAGGCCACCUGGAGGGUGAUCAGUCCUCUCAUAGUGCUGGUCAUCUUCCUGUUCUACUUCGUCACGACUGUGAGCAAAGAUCUGACCUACAUCGCCUGGGACCCAGAGUCUGAGAACUUCCCUACGCUGGCGACGCGCUCCUACCCGGACUGGAUUUACGUCAUCAUCUUCAUCCUGUCGGGCGUUCCAGCGCUGGUCAUCCCGGCCGUGGCCCUGUACAAACUCAUCAGGAACCGCUGCUGCAGAACAGAGGAGAAACACGCAGAACUGCUCUACUCAGCCAAUCAGCACACAGAUCAUUCAGCACUGGGACAGAAACACAAACGCACAUUGAAAUGUGAAGGAAGUAACGGAGAGUAAAUGUGAUCACGAUCAUGCGUGAAGAAAUAACCAGUGACAUCAACUCGAGUUUACAUGUGAUUUGCACUGAGCGGUAAAAGAUACUUUUAUAUAUGCAAAACAGAGUUCAUAUGUCUACAUCUAUUUUAUUGUAUUAUAAUGGAGUUGCUGAAGACACACAAACAUCUACAGUCCAACACAACGCCUAUAAACGAUAAUGACCCAGAAAACAGACGUUCACCCAGAUGUCUCCGCUGUCAACUUCAUGCACAUCGAACUGAAAGUCAAGAGCAAGCAAAAUAUUUUGUCUGAUUUUUUUGCAUUUGUAAAAAACUAUUUUCAUCUUUAUAUAAGCUAAUAUUUAAUUAUAAAUAAGUAUUUUGGGGAUUUAUAUGCUUUAUCUCAUAUAAUUGUAACGUGUCAAUGCAGGGAAGAGAAUCCAAAUGCAAGCAGAAAUUUAAUAAAAGAGAUGAUCAAAACAUGAACAAGAAAUCUAGAAACACAGGGCAAAACACACGCUACAUCCUCACAAAGACAACGACUGACAAAGACUGAUUGAAAGACACAAGAUAGGCCUGGUUAACAAUGUAAUUAUAUGAUCAGUGAUGAUGAGUCCAGACAAAGGAUUAUGGGGGAUGAAGUUGAGUGUCAAUGGUCUGGGGUGGAGUGCCCUCCGGCAAGGGCGUAGAUUUGGUUUCAACAUUGGGGGGGUUGA